AUGAACUUCCAACCUUCCGACUACCUUGCCGAUCUAAAUCUAGAGUGGGAACUGCCAGUCCUCGAGGAGCAGAGCCUGGGCCUGAUUCCCGACUUGGACGUUUUUUCCCACACUGACUUUUUCGACUUGGAUGUUUUCCUGGCCGACCACAUGGCGCCUUCUAAACAGCAACAGCAGCAGCUACAGCUCCAAGCUCCCAAGGUGGAGCUCCCCCUGCAGAGGGCGCCAUUGGCUCAGAUCAAGGAGGAGGAGACGGAAGGCGUUGAACCUGAUGCCGAGUCUCUUUCCUCUCAUGAGCCACUUUCCGUCGAAGAACUCAAGCGCAAGAAGAACACUGCUGCCUCCGCCCGUUUCAGGGUCAAGAAGAAGUUGAAGGAGAAGCAGAUGGAGGAGAAGGCCCGCCAACUUCAAGACAAGUUGGGCCUGCUUGAGAAGAAGGUGAAGACACUUGAGAUGGAAAACAAGUGCUUGAAACAAUUGAUUUUGGAAAAGAACGAGAGGCGCAACCUGGAGCUCUUGGACCUGAUCAAGAAGCGGUCGCUUGAGACGCCCACCUACUCGUUCACGUAG